GCUCAGCGAUAUUUCACAAGAUUUCACCAUCGACACAGUAGCAAUAAUUGUUGGUUCUGUGGCCAAGGACUCAUACUGACCCAAGACGACAAAGUAUUCUAAACAAGUGAUAUCUCCAUGGCAAGUGUGUUGCGUUGUAUGGCGGUCAUGCGCAUUCACCCUAUACCAUGAGCCCCCCUCCAAGUACACCUAUGCCCAAAAGGUUUCUUCUGCCGAAACGGGGCACGCAGUCAUCGCAAACUCCUGCGACGUUACCGCGUUUCCAGUCAACUCCUCGAUUUGCCUCCUCUGUUCCGAGGCCGACACAGGCAAGAACCGGCAUAGAUAUUGAAGACGUUGAAGAAGUAGGAGAUAAUUCACAAGAAACCCUUCCGGGGAGUGAUGAACAUCAAAUUCAGCUUAGAAAGCAUGACUCAAUCCAUGACUCCAUCGAAAUCGAGUCUGACGAUGCCACUGCGUCACAAGGUGGCAGCAUAGCCAUUUCAGAUAACGAACCGGACGCUGUUCUUCAAGGCCCUCUGGACCUUGAGAUGUUUAACUCUAUACCUUCGCCAUACGACUCUCCCUCAUUGGAAGAGCGGGAACCGAAACGGCGAAGGGUAUCGAGUUCACCUUGGCGAGAAUCUAGCACACCAAAAGAGCAAGGCAACCCAGGCAACGAAUCCCCAGAAGAGGUUUACGAAAGUGGACGUACGCCAUCAGAAGGCUCUACACAGAGUAUCCAGGAUGCCAUCAAUCUCAACAAUGAGUUAAAACCGCUUCAGCAGCCAACCUUUCACGCGCCACCGCGCUUCAAGCCUGUUGACCUCGAUCCCGCAGUAGAUGGCCUCCCAGCAGCAUUCUCCCCCCAACGUCGAGGAGAGAAAUACAUAGCUGGUGGGUUAGCUGCUGAACUACAAGGCUGGCUCUCUGAAGUCAAGGGCUGGGAAGGUGCGGCACCAGCGACAACUCUGACCAAGAAAGUGAUUAUCGAGGAAAUUCGACCAGGCCGGCGAAUGUACCUAGUCAAAGCGCGGACCGGUACAUCUGAAGAGAGUAGAUACCUGCUUGCAGGCGAAGGUAGGUUAACAGGCCUUGGCCAGAGGAUGCCGGUGAUCCUUGGGAGUGUUGUUGAUGUGGGACAGCCUGUAUGGGAUAUUGUGUUGAAUGGGCAGGUUUGGACAGUUGCGUGCGAUUGGGGUAUAUCUGAGAGCGGGAACAACGGUAAAAUGAAACAUCUCUCAGUUGUUUGAGAAGCGGUUAGGUUUCAAGAAUGUAUCCUGUUGCCAUUGCGGGCAGUUAUACACAACAACCUCAAGGAUCGACCAGCCGCUUUAGAAUCGAGCUGCUACAAUACAACCUGCUCUUUCGUAACCCCAACGUGUAUAUAUUGUCAAUCUCUCGAAAGAGAUAAAUCUUCUUCGUUCAUGAACUUACCCAGGACGCACUC